AUGCCGGCCUACCACUCGUCGUACAACGAAGAGCCAGACGUGCGCCAGAUCGGCAACAUGUCGAUUCUGCCCAUUCGAUCUCGCACACGCGGACCCGCGCCUCCGCCUGUCGAUCCUUCGCGCCCGGACAUCAUCGACGAGGCCAUCGACCUGUUCCGCGCCAACUCGCUCUUCCGCAACUUUGAAAUCAAGGGCCCCGCCGACCGCUUGCUCAUCUAUCUCAUCCUCUUCAUCAGCGACUGCCUCACCAAGAUCGCCGCUUCCAAGGUUCCUUGGUCCACCAACGAGGCCCUUAAGCAGCUCUCGACGUAUUCAGUGGACAGCUUCGCGCUGCCUGGCGAUGCGAAUUUCCCCUUGAACAGCCUGUAUGCCCCGCCUGGUGGCAGGGCGGACGCGGACGCGUUGAGAAGCUAUCUGACUCAGGUACGCCAGGAGACGGCCGCGAGGCUGGUCGAGAAGGUUUUCGUGGAUGGUACGCCUAGCAAGUGGUGGUUGGCUUUUACCAAGAGGCGGUUCAUGGGUAAGAGUUUGACCUAA